UUUUUCUUUUUCUUUUUUCUUUUUAAAUUAAUUGUUCGGCUAUGGAAGAUGGAUCUUUUUUUUUUUUUUUAAUAAUUCUUUGAAUCUCAAGUUCAUCUUUAUAUGAACUCUUUUUUGUUGUUUUUUUGUUGAGGAGAUAACUAACCCUAGCUGUCUCCAGUUUGACAAAGGUUGUUUGAAUGGACUUAAAUCUCUCAGUAGUUGGGAGAUGUUUUAAAAACACGCCCUGUGUUUGAAUUGUGGCUGAGAGGUUUCCUUGGCAAUGUGAGGAGGAAAAUUCUUUCUGCCUCAUUAUUAUUAAUUCAUGGAUUGAGUGUUGGUUCGACCUACAGGCGUAAUAGAUUGGAACUCAGUGAAGACACAGACAUUGCUGCUGAGAGCAACCAGCUAAUAAUGAUUACGUUUAAAAGACAAUUUCUGUGAUUGAGUUGUCUUUUGGAAGAUUAAACCCAUAUCAAGAGGACUUGGAGCUGGUCCUCGCCUUGAGGAAGCAGUGGCUUGUUUUCAAGAAGCCACUUCUCAUCUGAGGAUCUACUCAGCAUGCCUAAUCAAGGAGAAGACUGCUAUUUUUUUUUCUAUUCUACAUGUACUAAAGGUGACAGCUGUCCAUUCCGUCACUGUGAAGCUGCAUUAGGGAAUGAAACUGUUUGCACAUUAUGGCAGGAAGGGCGCUGUUUUCGACAGGUGUGCAGGUUUCGGCACAUGGAGAUUGAUAAAAAACGCAGUGAGAUUCCUUGUUAUUGGGAAAAUCAGCCAGUGGGAUGUCAGAAACUAAACUGUGCUUUUCAUCACAACAGAGGACGUUUUGUUGAUGGCCUUUUCCUACCUCCAAGCAAAACUGUGUUGCCCACUGUGCCUGAGUCACCAGAAGAGGAAGUGAAGGCUAGCCAGCUCACAGUUCAGCAGAGCAAAUUAUCUGUCCAGUCUAAUCCCUCUCCUCAACUGCGAAGUAUUAUGAAAGUAGAAAGUUCAGAAAAUGUUCCUAGCCCUACACAUCCACCAGUGGUAAUCAAUGCUGCAGAUGAUGAUGAAGAUGAUGAUGAUCAGUUUUCUGAGGAAGGUGAUGAAACCAAAACACCUACCCUGCAACCAACUCCUGAAGUUCAUAAUGGAUUACGAGUGGCUUCUGCCCGGAAACCUGGGGUCAAUUUAAAACAAGGUGAAUGUUUGAAUUUUGGGAUAAAAACUCUUGAAGAAAUUAAAUCAAAGAAAAUGAAGGAAAAAUCAAAGAAGCAAGGUGAAGGUUCUUCAGGAGUUUCCAGUCUUUUACUCCAACCACAGACCAUUCCAGGUCCUGAAAAAGAGAAUGUCCGGACUGUGGUGAGGACAGUAACUCUGUCCAACAAACAAGGAGAAGAACCUUUGGUAAGAUUGAGUCUAACGGAGAGACUGGGGAAACACAAAUUUUCAGGAGGUUGCGACAGUGAUCCUCCAUUAAAGCAUAGCCUUGCACAAAGGCUAGGGAAGAAAGUUGAAGCUCCAGAGACUGACACUGACAGAACACCAAAGAAAGUUCAAGUUUCCAAGUCUCUGAAGGAGCGAUUAGGCUUGUCAGCUGGUCUAAACAAUGAGGAGGCAGCAGAGAGAGUUACUAAAGUUGGUGAGAUCCACGUGAAGACAUUAGAAGAAAUUCUUCUCGAAAGAGCCAGUCAAAAACGUGGAGAAUUGCAAACUAAACUCAAGACAGAAGGACCUUCAAAAGUUGAUGAUUCUACAACAGGAACAAGAACCUCCUCCACUGUCCGAAUCAAAACGUUCUCUGAGGUCUUGGCUGAAAAGAAACACCGGCAGCAGGAAGCAGAGAGACAAAAAAGCAAAAAGGACGUAACCAGCAUCAAGCUAAAGACUGAUAAUGAAAUUAAAAAAACAGUGGUUUUGCCACCUGUAGUAGCCAGCAGAGGACAGUCAGAGGAACCUGCAGGUAGAGCGAAGUCUAUGCAGGAAGUGCAUAUCAAGACGCUGGAGGAAAUUAAACUGGAGAAGGCUCUGAGGGUGCAGCAGAGUUCUGAGAGCAGAACCAGCUCCCAGCCUCAGCCUGAGGCCACCCCAGGGGCAAGACGGCUUCUCCAGAUCACUAAAAGAACAGGUAUAAAAGAAGAGAGGAAACUUAAAGAAGAAAGUGUUGUUGCUUCUCAGAGCAGUGUUACUAGAACAGAGGCUAAAGAGACUUCAGAUGAGACCACAGCAGUUGAUGUCACUAAAAUUCAAGUCAAGAGAUGUGAGACAGUGAGAGAAAAGCAUGUGCAGAAACUGUCGGAGAAGCAAAAAUCAGUUUUGGCAUGCCUUCGGGGAGAUUUAGACACUUGCAACACCCAGUUAGCAGAGAAACCAGUGCUCGCUACCGUGCCAGACAUCACACGGCUCCUGACUAAACGGCCUCAUUCAAAGAUAUCCCAGAAGACAGAGGUGGAAACCUCAGGGAUUGGGCACUCAAAACUGAAUGUGAAAGGUGCAACACAGACCUUGGAAAAAAGGGGUAAAGCUAAACCUAAAAUGAAUGUGAAGCCAUCUGUGGCUAAAGUUGUCUCAUCACACAAAGUGGCCCAAAAACGCAGGGCAGUGGAGCCCCACUCUGCUGUCAUUGCAUCUGUGAAACCACUCACCUCCAGCAGUGUCCUGCAGAAAAGCCCAGUCAAAAAAGCAGCUGUGGCUGUUGUCCCACUUCUCUCUGAAGACAAAUCAGUCACUGUGCCUGAGACAGAAAAACCUAGAGACAGUUUUGUGCUGCCUCCAACCCAGUCCUCUUCAGAUCCUUCCCCACCAGAAGUAUCUGGCCCUUCCUCAUCCCAGGUGGCCACAAAAACUCGCCGACUCAGCUCUGCCUCAACAGGAAAGCCGCUACUGUCUAUGGAGGAUGAUUUUGAGAAAUUAAUAUGGGAGAUUUCAGGAGGCAAAUUAGAAGCUGAGAUUGACUUGGAUCCUGGGAAGGAUGAAGAUGACCUUCUGCUUGAGCUAUCAGAAAUGAUUGAUAGCUGAAGGUUGUAGUAGAACAUUUAAAACAAAAACACAAAAAAAAGACUCACCAAAAACUGGACUUAGUUUCAUCUAUUAUAACAUUUA